UUAUUUUAUUUUUUCUUUUUAAAAUUUUGAAAUUUUAAGUUGGUCAAUAUAGUGUUUGCCCAGGUACUUGACUAUUGGGAUGAUAUGGAGUUUAAUGUUAAAGGACAAAGGCUUCAAUUUACCCGUGUUCUUGAUGGACUUGUGGAUUUGAUAGACUUGUCAAGUAAUAAUCUUGAAGGAGAUAUCCCAGAAGAGAUAGUGAAGCUUUCCACUUUGGGUACCUUGAACUUAUCCCAGAACCAGUUAACAGGAAACAUUCCAAAGAAGAUUGGAGCAUUGCAGCUGUUAGAAGCUCUUGAUCUCUCAGUCAAUCAUUUUUCAGGCUCAGGCUCGAUUCCAGAAAACAUGUCUUCUAUGACAUCAUUGAGCCAUUUAAACUUGUCUUAUAGUGAUUUGUCUGGACCAAUCCCAUCAGCAAACCAGUUCCAAACCUUCAACGAUCCAUCCAUUUUUGAAGGAAACACAAAACUUUGUGGAGCUCCAUUGCCGACCAACUGUUCAACACACAAAAAUGAUAUUUCAGAAGGCAAUGCUGGCAAGGACAGAGACAAAGAUGGGUUCAAGAUGCUGUGGUUGGAGUUGCCUCUGGAUUUGUGGUGGGAUUUUGGACAGCCUGUGGAACUUUGGUGAUCAAGAGGUCUUGGAGACGUGCCUACUUCCAGUUCGUUGAAGAAACAGAAGAUAGGAUCUACAUCUUUGUUGCAGUGUAAGGCAGGUCGUUUGCAGAAGAAAGUGAAGGGUGAAAGUUGAGACCAUGACCAAGGUACUUAACUUACAAGCUUUAGAGCAUGUUUGGGUUAGCAUGUUUGGGUUCUUACUGCUUCAGUUUUUUAACAUUAUUUAUAUUUCAUAAGUUUAAAUUUUUUUAAAAAAAUUUUAUAUUUUUAAACCUUAAAAAAAUUUCAAACAAUAAAAACUUAAGAGUUUCAAAUUCAAGUUUUUCAUAAACUUUCUCUUUAUUCAAUUUUUUCCUCACUUUUUCUUAUAUCUAAAAACAAUUUUUAAAUUUUUUUUUCAAUAAAAAUUUAAAUUUAUCACUCAUAAACAAUACUUAAAAAGUAAAAGCUCUGAAAAACUAAACUAAAUAGGCCCUUAAUUUGUUUUUUCUUCUUUGUAAUAAAAUUUUCUCUCCAACAGCUCGUUACGUCUGCUCCAAAAAGGCUAUUUGUGCUGCAAUCUAGUCUUAUUACUUCUGCUCUGAGAAUGCUUUUUGUACCGCAAUCUAGCUUUUACCUUGUCGGCUUUAAAUCGUAAUGUUUAUGUGGUGUAACCAGUAAUAACAAUAAGGUAAUAUCAGCCUUUCACCAUUUUUAUAAUUUCUGUUGUCAAGGAAUGUCAAAAGCUGGAGAGAAUUAAUGCGACUCAAAGAA